CAUUUUAGUCGGCUGCACAUGCACGUCAGCAUGGAGUUGUGACCGAGCUUCCUGACCAAACGGUAUUUUCAUUUAAGUUUUGAUGUCGAAGGAGGAGAAAACAAUGGAGCCGCAGACGAAACGCUGGAAAGGGUCCGCGUGUGACGCCGACUCCUGGGUCGCUUUUCCCGUACUGUCAGAUCAGCAGUCCCAGGACGUCGAGCUGGUCGAGGCCUUCGCGGCUCCCAUCGUCGACAAGAAAGAGACCUCCCGACUUCUCCGCGAGCUGAACGCCGUCCGCCCGCUGAACGGCCUCCAGCACGUCAAGAGGGUGCGGGCGGUCCGGGGGAGCGGCGGGCCUCACCCCCUGGAGGUCCUGGUGUGCCUCGUCAGUGACGCCCCGGACCUGAAGGUGGUGAGCAUAGACGAUCUGCUCCCCCCGGACGGAGUCCAGCGUGACGGAUUAGGGGAACCUUUCGUGGUCAAGGUCCCCGCACGUCCCCCCUUGACGCGGCCCCAGUUCGAGCUGGCGAGCAAACACUGGCCCACCUCCUUCCACGAGGACAAGCAGGUGACCGUCGCCCUGAGAGGGGAGCUCUUCGGUCCGCUUCGGAAGGCCAGGAUGUCCGCGUACAUGGCGGCCGCUCUGACCGCCGCCGAGACGGGGGCCGCGCUGGGAAUGGAGGCGGUGGGGGCCGUGGCGGUCGAUCCGGCCUCGGAGAGGAUCGUCGCGGUGGGCCACGACUGCAGCGGGGACCGCCCCCUCCACCACGCAGUCAUGGUCUGCAUCGACCUCGUCGCCCAGAGCCAGGGCGGCGGAUGUUACUCCUUCGACAGAUACCCCGCUUGCAGGUUCACGCCACAGACCUCGGGCACAUUUGGAGGCACGGAGGCGAGCUCGCAGCCGUACAUCUGCACGGGGUACGACCUUUACGUGACCCGGGAGCCGUGCGUGAUGUGCGCCAUGGCGCUGGUGCAUUCCCGGAUAGGCCGCGUCUUCUACGGGACCUCCUCCGCCGACGGCGCCAUGGGGACCAAAUAUAAAAUCCACUCAAAGAAAGAUUUGAACCAUCACUUUGAGGUUUACAAAGGCGUGUUGGGGAAGCAGUGCGAGGAACUGGGUGGACUGGGACGGCCGCGUCAAAAGACGAGAGCUCAUUAACAGCUCGUCUCAGCGGGAUCAUUAAGCCAAUUGUUUUAUAUGAAGCCUUCUUGUUUGAGUUAAUCAUUGGCUUAUUUUAUUGAGAGCAUGUGCGGACUUUCUUUCAACGUGGAGGCGUUGGAGUCAUUUAGAUUUUCACAUAUCACAAGCUGAAAUAAAAACUUUUGUGUCACAUUUAAUCGCAGGGGAUGUUACACACACUAGAACUAGUGAUAUUUGACUCAAAUCUGAGAUAUGGUUUGCAACUGACUGUUUCUUCAAAGAUUCAUUUUUAAUGUGGAAUCUGAAAGUAUCAAGUAGUUUAAUUUAGCAUUUAUGUAUUUCAAAAGAUAAUCAAAUGCUCACACAAAAAAUGUAAAUGCGCUGUACUAUGUAAUAUUCCUUGAUAACCUGAGAAAAUUCACAAAUGAAUUGACAAAAUCUCAUUAAAUUCUUUAUAUUCCA